CUGAAAUUCUGGUCACUCCUCAUUCACACCUUCCCGUGCGAAGUCAGCUUCCAUUACGUGCUCCUUAACUUGUGAAAACAAUUAAACUUGUAUUAAUUCACUAAAGAAGAUCACAAACCUUGUCAUCAUUAUGUGUCUCUCCAAUCAAAUUCGUUCCGAUGAGGAAAAGGAGAUAAGCCCUCCGGAAAUCGUAGAGGAAACCCCAACCGUAACGAUGUUUGAAGGUCUAGUUCAGGACUACGAAGUGAUGCUGCAAGAAAUACUGGAACGAGUUAAACGGAUUUAUACAAAGUAUCGCAAAUGCCUGCAAAGAGUUAAGAAAAUACUGAGGAAUUGGACAAGUUUUAAUCCGUCAGAACAAGAAAGACAAGAAUUGACGGAGAGGAUUAAGGACGCUGUGGAUAAAAUGUACUGCGCACGAAGUAUUAUCCUUGAAAUGGUCGGUCCAUCCGCUAUAGCAGAUUUGGAUGCCGAAAUUGAUCAACAAGUCCAACAAGAAGAUAACACCCUGACCCUGUCACUUAUGGCACAAUUAUGUUAACCUACGAUUUUUGAACUAUAUUCUAAAGUUGGUUCCAUUUUGUAAAAUUAUCUACAACUGUGUGAUUAGGAUAUGUGUAUGUACGUACAGAUAAAUAAUACGAA